CCUCCGUUUCGUGUCGCUUUUUGGCGGUUUUAGCCUUUUUCGGUUUCGAACAUUCGCUCGAAUUUCUCUCUCACUCUUCUCUCUCUCUCUCUUCAAUUCAUCACUUCGAGGAUGAUAUUCAAGGAAACAUGAGAUGGAUCGGGAGGAAUAUUUACGGAAGUGUUCCAAUAUGAAAUGCCAAAGAGUUCAGAUGGAUGAAUCAUCCGUACCUUCUCUGCAAGAUGAAGUAAUGGAGGUUGAGCGUUUGCUUGCAGAACCUAGAAAUGAUCAUGUUUCAGUGGAUAGUAUAUUGCAAUUUAAUGAGGAGAAUAAUGGGAAAUGUUAUGAUGCUGAAAAUCUUUCCUGUGGAUUUGAAUUUGGUUUAAAAUCAAGUAGUGGUAGUUUGGAUUCACACACAACUUUGAAUAGCAAAGAUGAUUUGGAACUGGAGGUAUCUGUCCUUGAUGGAUUGCUAGAUGAUGUUGAAAUUGAUGAUCUUGAAGGGACCGAUGGUUUCUCUGGUGCAUGUGAAGAGUAUUUUUUGGAUUUUGAUUUUGCUAACAAAGCUGAGGUUCUAGGCUCUGGUCCAUCUGAAGUUUCACUUUUGCAAAACUCAAGUUCGGAAAGCCAUUCUUCUGGAUUAAGUGGAAGUAGCAUUAUUGGUGGGGUAUUACAAUCAACAAAAGUACCCAAUGCACAAUCUGAAUGCAAAAUUGAUUCUUUAGAUGAGGCAGCAACCAAUGAAUCACAUGGUGCAUUCAGGAACAAUCUAAGUCAACCAUCAAAUGUAAAUUGCAUGUACAACAUUUCACUCGAUUUACAGCAUCUGCAUGAGUUGGAUAACAAUCAUCAUUUUGUCGGUGGUAUAUUGUCUUGUGAGAAGGAAAAGGGUCCUGUUGUAAAAAGCCAACCUGCUGCACAUAGAGAGAAGAGAUCCCGAAAGCCUACUCAGAGGUAUAUUGAAGAGUUCUCAAAUUUGAGGUCAAAGGAAAAGGGACCAGCUACUGGUACAAAAACUAAACAUUUAAGUGACCCAUCAUGUAAUGAACUUCGUAUAAGAAUUAAAGCAUUGAAAAAGAUUCCAGGCGAGAAGUCUAGCAAUGAAAAUAAUGACGUGAUGUUUCCUGAGUUGCAAGUUCGCAAAGGACGUCCAAAGAUAGAGAAACUUGAGUAUGACGAUGAGCCAUCUCCCUCAGAAUCUGAGGAUGGAAGUUUGACGUCCAAAAAAGCUAGAAGGAAAGAUCGAAGAAAGCAUCAGAGGAUGUGGACUCUCUCUGAAGUCAUGAAGUUGGUUGAAGGCGUAUCUGAAUAUGGAGUUGGUCGAUGGACUGAUAUAAAGAGGUUUUUGUUUUCUUCUUCAAGCUACCGAACUCCUAUAGAUCUCAGGGACAAGUGGCGAAACCUUUUACGAGCCAGUACUGUGCAGAAAUUCAACAAGAAAGAGGCCGAGCAAAAUGAUGAGCAUGCCCUCCGUCCCUUGCCAUUUAUCGUGGUACGCCGAGUGCGCGAAUUGGCUAAAAUUCAUCCAUACCCAAGGCAACGUGGCUCAAAGAAAUCACGUGUUAGCCCAAUAGGUUCUUCUGCCAUUGCUAAAGAUUCUCCUCCAGUUAGUCUUAGCAAAAGAAAUGUAAGUAGGAAAAAGUGUACCUAGAAGUAAAUGUCCAUGUGUAAAACAGUCCAGGUAAAUCCAUAAUCAAAAGAAUCUUGUUGAAAUUUAGGUAUAACAUUUGCAAAAUUUUAUACCGUCAAGUAAUUACUGCUUGUGUAUCUACAAAGGCAUAGAAAUUUUGAAUUGUAAACAUGAGGAAUCAUUAGUUGUCUACAUUAGCUUGCGAUGCUUAAUGCCUAGCCUCUUCAAUAUUUUGUUUUUCUUAGUGUAUUAAAACCUAGGAUUGAUGACCGACUAAUGUUUUUGAAGCCGCUUAUGACUCGCUGUUGCAAAUGAAUGGCUAAAGGAACUGGUUAUGUACUGGACUCUAAAUUUUUUAAGAUUCUUAGAUUACAUAUUUU